AUGGAAGAAGUUUUUGAGGAUGCUACAAGCUCUGACACAAAAGAAACAUACCUUUUACAAGAUCAAAAUGAUGAGUCAGUUAACCUAGAUGUAUUAUCCCACAGCACACCUUCACUGGAUGAUGUUGAAAACAGUGUUGUUGAUCUGAAAGAAGAUUUAAUUAUCAAAGGGGAUCCGUCAUGUAAAGAAAUGUUAGAGGCGCAAACGACACAAGAUGCUCUCCCAUCUUCUAAUUUACAUGUGGCCAAAGACAAUGGGUUAGGAAACUUAAGCAUGGAAGUACACCUGAGUCAAUCUUCCUGCAAUAGUAUACAGCCAGUUUCAGAUGAAAGACAUACUGAUAGUGAAUCUCCUGCUAAGAAAAUACAUUGUUCUGAAGACAAAAACACAUCCAACUGCAUAGAAAUUCUUGAUGUAACAACUCCUGAAGAACCUGAAAUGGAAGAAGUUUUUGAGGAUGCUACAAGCUCUGACACAAAAGAAACAAAUCUAUUACAAGAUCAAAAUGAUGAGUCAGUUAAUCUCAAUGUAUUAUCCCACAGCACACCUUCACUGGAUGAUGUUGAAAACAGUGUUGUUGAUCUGAAAGAAGAUUUAAUUAUCAAAGGGGAUCCGUCAUGUAAAGAAAUGUUAGAGGCGCAAACGACACAAGAUGCUCUCCCAUCUUCUAAUUUACAUGUGGCCAAAGACAAUGGGUUAGGAAACUUAAGCAUGGAAGUACACCUGAGUCAAUCUUCCUGCAAUAGUAUACAGCCAGUUUCAGAUGAAAGACAUACUGAUAGUGAAUCUCCUGCUAAGAAAAUACAUUGUUCUGAAGACAAAAACACAUCCAACUGCAUAGAAAUUCUUGAUGUAACAACCCCUGAAGAACCUGAAAUGGAAGAAGUUUUUGAGGAUGCUACAAGCUCUGACACAAAAGAAACAAAUCUAUUACAAGAUCAAAAUGAUGAGUCAGUUAAUCUCGAUGUAUUAUCCCAGAGCACACCUACACUGGAUGAUGUUGAAAACAGUGUUGUUGAUCUGAAAGAAGAUUUAAUUAUCAAAGGGGAAUCCGUCAUGUAAAGAAAU